AUGAUGAUAGAAAAGCUUUCAGUGCCAGCUCAGGGAAGGCAAACUAAUGCAGUUGAAAACACUGAAGAUUACAUGGUGAAUGCAAAUGAAACCAGUCAGGAAAAUGGAGGAUUGUCCAGUGAUAAAAUUAUGACACCUUUAAAAGAAUCUGUGUCUGAAGUGGAGAAACUUGUCAGAGCUGUGUUUCCAGAGGAUGAGUACAUUGUUGAGUAUUCUCUUGAGUAUGGUUUCUUGCGACUAUCCCCUGGAACGCGUCAAAGGCUGAAUAUACCUGUAAAAAUUGUUACCCUAGAUCCUACAAAAGAUGCAUGUUUUGGAGAUGCAUUUAGUCGAUUUAUUUUGGAUGAAUUUUUGGGCUAUGAUGAUCUUUUGAUGGCAAGCAUAAAGACCUUGGCUGAACAAGAAGACAAUAAAGGAUAUCUUAGAAAUGUUGUGACUGGAGAACAUUAUCGGUUCGUGAGCAUGUGGAUGGCGAGAACUUCAUAUCUUGCUGCAUUUUUUAUCAUGUUGGUUUUUGUAAUGCCGUGUGCCGUGCCGUGUGCCGCGCCGCGCCGCUCGCGCGUUCGGUUUCACUUGUGUCAUUUUUCGCCGCACCGGAGCCGCGCGGGUCGAGUGGCGCUGGGCGCUGGAGAGCCGAAUCUGCCUGAUAUUCGUCUUUCUCAUGUUGUGGAAAUAGCGGCGCCGCUGGCCGGGCGUCCCUUCUCAUAUCUCCGCCUCCUCUGUCCCGCGCAGUUUGAAAUUACUUAA